AUUUUGUGGAAGAGCCACACUCAAGGGCCAAAGAGCCGCGUGUGGCUCAUGAGCCACAGUUUGCUGAGCCGUGGUUUGCUGACCACUGUCCUAGGUGAUGGUAAUUUUUCAGCUCCAGUAUAAUCUCAUGGGAGCACUGUUGUAUAUGUGAUUCGUUGACUACAACAUCAUUAUGUGGCCCAUCACCAUAUAAGGAUAUGUCUGCACAAACGGAACAUGUGUUAACAUAUAUGAAGUACUGGUGCGGCUGAGCAGCAGACCUGAGCGACGGAUGAACGGAUUGCUCUGACACGUUCUGUGAAAGAAAGGCUAAGGGACUGUUUUACUUUAGAAGUAAAAAACAGUCCUCUUCAACUGUCCUCUUAGGCUUUUAUUAUCACAACAGCUUGAACUAAAAUUAACCUCUAGAUACAAUCAGCAGGGUAAGUACCCUUGAGAAAGUAUAUGCUCCUACAAGGUCGGGUCUUUAAAGACUAACAUAGAAAUUCUAGCAAAAUACCCCUGGGGAUCGGGCUCCUUUGGAAAAGUCAAGGUAGGGGCUGCCGCCUUUGGCAAGGUUCCCUCAGAGGCCCCCGACCUUUCAGAGAAUCCUCCUUACAGACAUUCCAACCAAGUCCCGUGCUUCCCCACAAAGUACGCGUUACACAAAGGGAACGUCUUUAUUUUAAACCUGUCCUUUUACCUGGCCUCUUGGUUCUGUCAUGUGACGGACCAUAAUUUCAUAUAUUACUCGUCUUCAGAGUUUUGCUCUUACAAAUAAUGCUUCAUUGCAGACUUCCACAAUAUUUCUAUAACGUAAAUUUUUAGCAAUGACAUAACUGCUCAAAGUAUUUAAAAUAUGAUAGAUGCACCAUUUUUAAUUUCUAUGUAGAUAAAUCUAUCACUUUUCCUUAUUGGUGUCUGAAUUUUAUGUUGUACAUAGAAAUACCCUUUGCACCCAAGAUUAAGUCUCCCAUUGUUUCUUCUAGGACAUUUUGAUGUAUUCAUUUUAUUUUUUGCAGGUAAUUCAUCUAUCUGGAAUUGAUUUUAGUGUGAGAAUGUAUGCUAGAUACUAUCUCUCAGCUCUUGCCUUUAGAUCCCAUGCCUCUCCAUCCCUUCCCACAGGGCAUGAAAGGCUGAAAAUGAAGUUUUGCAGACUCAACACAGGAUUGGAAGAGAGGUCUAUCAGCAUUGGCACAAAGAAGUUGCGUGAGGGAGGCCCCAGCCAAAGCUACAGCAUCAGUAAAUCUCACAUUAUCUUUGUCAAUCAGAGCCUGUAGCAGCACUUCCGCAGAAGCCUGAAGGCGGUUGCCCUACUUCUGUGCCUCGGGUGAGUCAUGGUGCAGUGACUGUUGCUAAUGCCCUCAGUCAUCAAGGAGAUGAGAAAUUACAUCUAGAAUACAGCUACAUACAGCAGAGGCAGAAGAGAAUGAAGAGCGGACAGGAGAGACUGAACAUGUGAAGGAAGAGAAACGCUGAAGCAGGCCGCAGGUCGUGGGAAGAGAUGGGGCUGGAGAGGCCGCAAAAUCCAUCCUCCAUCCUUCUCCGUGCCCCACCCAGGAGGCUGACCUUCCAUAGACAUCAAAAGGAGGGAGGAACUGAAGAAGGAUGAGUCCACACAUCACUGACGGGCCUCUCAGUUGUAUAACAUUAAACGUUGUUUGCUCGGCUAACAUACGACCUCCCACCUUCCCUGUCCUGGUUUUGAAAGGAUGCCCAGGGCAGAAGGCAGGUACUCUUCACCCAUGGGAAUAAAGGACAAAGGAAGAAGUGGCAUGCAGGAGACAUGGUCUUGGUGCAUAAAAAGAUGCUGAACAUCUCUAAUCACCAGGGAAUUGCAAAUCAAAACCACGUUGAGAUAUGGCCUCACACCUGUGGGAUGGAUGUCAUGGAGAAGAGAUAACAAGCGCUGGCGAAUGUGGAGAAAAGGGACCUUUGUGCGCGGUUGGUGGGAAUGCAAAUUGGUUCAGCCGCUAUGGAAAACAGUAAGGAGGUUCCUCAAAACAUUAAAAAUGUGUCUACCAUGUAAUCCAGCAAUGCCACUUCUGGGUAUAUUCCCAAAGGAAAUGGAAUCAGGAUCUCACAGAGAUACCUGCACACCCAUGUUUACUCACAUUAUUCACAAUAACCAAGGUGCCCCAAAGAUGGAUGAAUGGAUUAAAAAGAUGUAACAUAUUACAAUGAAGUAUUAUUAAGACAUGAGAAAGGAGGACAUCUGGCAUUUGCGACUACAUGGGUAGACCUUGAACACAUCAUGCUAAGUGAAAUAAGUCAGAGAAAGACAAAGGCUGUCUGAUGUCACUUUUGUGUGGAAUCUAAAAAAGCCAAACUCGUAAAAACAGAGUAAAAUGGUGGGUACCAGGGGCUGGGGGCAGGGGGCGAAGGAGGGAUAGAGUAGAUGAGAUUUACGGGCACAAACUUACAACAAGUAGUUACCAGUUUAACGACAUAAGCCCUAGAGAUCUAAUGCACAGUGUAGUGAAUAUCAACAGCAAUUAUGUAUUCAAGCUUUGUAAGAGACUAGAACUUAAUUAUUCCACUCACCAAAAAGAAUAAUUAUGUAACUUGAUAGAAGUGCUAAUUAUGACUAGGGUGGCAAUCAUAUCGCAAUAUAUGAAUGUAUUAACUUUAAAAUUAUACAAUGUUAUAUGUCAAAUAUAUUUCAGUUUUUAAAAAUUGUUUUGAGGGGGGAAAGAGUAUUUUAAAUGCCUACAGAGAAGAGCGAAAGACGAAUUCUAGUUUUUCAGGACUUUUAAUGACACAGGCAAGCUACAGACCCAAGCGCAUCCUCAUGCGUCUUUGUAUCUUGAGGUGCUAAUGGCAGAGCUCCAAGCCCUUCUAACCAGAUUCUGGUUCCUAAAAUAUUAUUCCUUUGAAACUGAUAGCAUUUAACUUUUGUUAGAAUUCUUAAGAAAAAGAGACCACGAAGGUGCUCUCCCAUUGCAUACAGGAAAACAGCUUGUUAUUAUUGUUAUUUUCUUUUUGUUUGCAUGCAAAAUAUCAAAAGUUUUUUCCUGGUAAAGGACAGUCUACAUUCUUAGCCUUGUAAUGGCCCCUUACAGGUAGCUGGAAAGAACUGGAACAUCUUCCCACGAAGCUACCAGGCUCUGUCUUGGACUGCCAACGUUCAUUCAAAGAGGUUCUGGUCAGAAUCCAACAGAACCCAAUUUACUUUCUGAGUUCAGGUGGACACAUCUGGGGCCGUGACUGCUUAUGCAGCGACUGACCAUUAUGUGCUCAGCAGUAGCUCACAGACCCCCCUGAGCGUGACCACUGAGCACACAGGCCGGCUCGCCCAGUGGCCCAGCCCUGGGAGAUGCUGCAGCUGGGCCCGGCCAGGAAUGAACGCAGGUGCUCACCACACUGACCACUGUGCCCUGCGUGGUUCGCUUGAUUAUGAGUCUGAAUUUGGUGCCCAAGUGCUGACUCAUCUGCCAGUUUAAGAGAAGGUAACCGUGGCUGCAAUGACUGGGAAUCUGAUGGAAUCGAUUGAGAAUGUCUAUAGAUGGAAAUCCCAAAAAUCCUUAGUGCUUAGAGGCCAAAGAUGGUCAGUGAAUCAUUGUCUCUGGCUGGUAGGUGAUGUCUGUUCUAGUCACUAAGCCCAAUACAAAUGUUCUAUAUUGGAACCUGUUUCCAUCUUCAAAGGAAAACCAGGGGGCCGUGGGCCAGUGACAGUCUCUUCCUCUCAUCCCCAGUACCCUCUGCUCUGUGCUGCCAGCCUCCAGACAGGCUGUCCAUGACCCAAAGGAGAAAGCAGGCAUUGUACCCUCCCGCCCUUCCCUGCCUCCCCGCAUCCAAGUACCAGCCACCUAACACUCUUAGUCCUGAUCCCCCUCUUCUAACGCCAACCCGCUGACUACAAUGAAAGCUGGAGCUGACUGGAGGCACUGCACCAACAAUCCAAAUUCUUCUUCCUCCUGUGUGCGUGGGCCACGAAGGGCGUGAACAGACGACAGCCAGGAGCUUUAAGUGUGUGACCCAGGACGCUUGUCCUGCAUACAGCAACCUGCUCCCAACCUGACAUCCGGCACCCCCCUCAGUCAACACAGAUGGCAGGCCAAUGGCAGCAGCCACAGAACUCACCUCCCAGGGGCUCAGGUCGCCCAGAGGGAACCAGUCGCAGGGCCUUGCAACACAGAGGAGCAGUCCUUCAACUCAAAACCAUCUUCCUUUUUUUCAGUAGCGGGAGGUGGUCGGCAGUGGAGCAAGAGCACAAAAACUACUGCAGAGUCCAGCGCGUCUGCUGCUCCUGCCUUCCUUCAACUGCAAGAAAUCGGCUGUGGGGAUACUUAGGGGACUGCUGAUGGGAUCUGCAUGUCAUUUAUCUUUUAAGAGCAUCAAAAACACUUAGUUGGACUGUUUUCAUUUUCAGAUCCUCCCCCUCUAUUCCUAGCUCAAGAUUUCUGUUUACCCAUGAAAGCAAACAGGAGAUGUCUCCGGAUCGUGUGCGCGAGGCCACACCCGGAGGCCAGGUGUGGGUGGGUUUUGUGUCCAGUGGAUGGUGUUUCUAGAUGAACAUGUUUUCAAAAGUAACGUGACACGGGCUCCCUGCGCAGUGACUGCAUUUGGUGACGCUCCCAUAAUCCUAUCAGCGAACUCUAUCUCAGAAAUACGGGGCGCCCACCCCGGCAGGGCUGUGACCGGAACCACAUGCCAGUCAGGGUGGCGUCAGCCUGUGACUGUUGAGCGGCAGAAGGGAGACACCGUGAUGGGCGGCACAUGGAGCCUGUGCUCCCCCGAGAGCCGAAAGCCGAGGGCCGAGGAUCUAUUAUUUAUCGUCUGUCUCACUGAGGUGGGCCUUCUGGGAGUGUGUGUGAGUUGGUGACCAGCUGUUACAAAUUGUUUAUCCCCAAACCAUUUUACAAGUCAGAACAGAAGAAUCUUUGAAACUGUGAGCAAACCAGUAUUUGGAGAAGCUUCUUGGUGGUGUGUGACCAGCAGCCUUCGCUUGUUUUUCUUGCCCUUUGAGGGUCAGCGCUGUCUUUUUGGCCAAUUUUCCCACUGACUUAACCACAUAGUCAUCAUAAAUCUAAGUGAUUGUCUCAUUUGUAUGGAAGCCAUGGGCCCUUACUGUGCUUUGGGAACAUUUAGAAAACUCUUGCCAAUUGAUUUUCUUUUCUUUCUUUCAUUUUUAAUGUAAACACUUUUUACAUAUCUUUCAAAUAAAAAUCAAUGUUAUAAAAAUUGCCCAUUGAUUUUCUAAGAAUAAUUCUAAUGACACAUUUUAAAACACUGCUUUAAAGAAAUAUAAUUUUUUUUCUUUUUUUUUUCCCCACCCCCUCCCGUCCUCCAGAAGUAUAAUUUUUAAAAGGACUUUGUCCCUUCCCUAACUUUCUAGCUUAAGUUUGGCAACCACUGCCUAGAGCGAAGAGGAGCAGAAUAUUUUAGGAACGUUCUUUCUCCUUUACCUAAAGACUUACCCUUCUGAUUUCCGGGUGGCGUGCGGGGCUGCAGAGGAGAGCGGCUCUCUCGACCGCCAGCAUGGAGAGUUUGUACCGAGUCCCAUUCUUGGUGCUGGAGUGCCCCAACCUGAAGCUGAAGAAGCCGCCCUGGGUGCACGUGCCCUCGGCCAUGAUGGUGUACGCUCUGGUGGUGGUGUCUUACUUCCUCAUCACCGGAGGAAUAAUUUAUGAUGUUAUUGUUGAACCUCCAAGUGUUUGCUCUAUGACUGAUGAACACGGGCAUCAAAGACCAGUAGCCUUCUUGGCAUACAGAGUAAAUGGACAAUAUAUUAUGGAAGGACUUGCAUCCAGCUUCCUGUUUACAAUGGGAGCUUUAGGUUUCAUAAUCCUAGACCGAUCCAAUGCUCCAAACAUUCCAAAACUCAACAGAUUUCUUCUUCUAUUCAUUGGAUUCGUCUGUGUCCUAUUGAGUUUUUUCAUGGCCAGAGUAUUCAUGAGAAUGAAACUGCCGGGCUAUCUGAUGGGUUAGCGUGCCUUUUGAGAAGAAAUCUGUGGAUACUGGAUUUGUUCCUGUUAAUGAAGUUUUGAAGGUGGUACCAAGCCUCUGCUAUGAAAUAUGGAAAAGAAUGAAAAGCAGCAGAAAAGAAGCAUCUAGUAGGAAACAUGGAAACAUAUUAAAGCUCGGACUAGAAUAUC